AUGGGCUCGAAAGCAGCAUCAGUUCUAAGCCGCCACCUCCGCUCCUCCACCGCCGCGCACCGCCCCGCCCCGCCGCUGGCCGUCAAGGAACUAACCACCACGAUCUUCAACCAUGUCCGCCUCGGCCGCCUCUCGAAAGCAAUCUCAAUCCUCUUCUCUUCCGCGACGCCUCUGCCUUUCUCAAUAUACGCUCAUCUCUUCCGAAUCUGCGCUUCGAGCAAGGCAAUCAUCGAGACCCGCAAGCUCGAAUCCCAUCUCGUCACCUUCAACCCCGACCCGCCGGUCUUCCUGCUCAACCGGGCCAUCGAGAGCUACGGCAGAUGCCACUGCGUGAACGAUGCAGAGGAGCUGUUCGACGAAAUGCCGAGCCGAGACGGCGGCUCUUGGAACGCGAUGCUCACCGCGUAUUCGAGGAACGGGAAGGCAGAAGAAGCGUUGGACUUGUUCGCCGUGAUGAUUGGGGAAGGGGUUUCUGCUUCUGAGGUCACUUUUGCUAACGUUCUCGCCUCUUGCGGCAGCGAAUUGGACGUCUGGCUUUCGAGGCAGGUGCAUUCUCUCGUUGUGAAAUACGGAUUUUCGGGCAAUGUUAUCUUGGAGAGCUCGAUCGUGGAUGUGUAUGGGAAAUGCGGGGCGAUGAUCGAUGCUAGGAGGAUGUUUGAUGAGAUUGUGUAUCCAAAUGUUGUGUCUUGGAAUGUGAUUGUUCGGAGGUAUCUCGAAUUUGGGGAGGGGAGCGAGGCCGUGAGAAUGUUUUCGAGGAUGUUGGAAUUGAACGUGAAGCCGAUGAAUUAUACUGUUUCCAACGCGAUUCUUGCUUGUUCGAGUUUUGGGGGAUUGAGGGAGGGUGUUCAGAUUCAUGGAUUCUGUUGCAAGAUCAACAUGGAGCGUGAUGGAGUGGUUUCGAAUACUCUGAUUGAUAUGUAUGCCAAAUGCGGAGAUUUGGAGAGUGCAAGAACCAUUUUUGAUCUGCCUUGUUCGAAAAAUGUGAUCAGUUAUACUUCAAUGGUGUCAGCUUGUGCUAUCAGUGGAAGAAUGUCCGAAGCUAGGGAGUUAUUCGAUGAAAUGCCUGAACGGACCGUGAUAUCUUGGAACGUGAUGAUGGCAGGGUACACUCGCACCUCGGACUGGGAAAAGGCGUUGGAGUUUCUAAUAUUGAUGCGUAGAAGCACUAGAGAUGUUGACCACGUCACGCUUGGGUUGUUCUUGAACAUAUGCGCAGCGAUUCCGGAUAUGAAUUUAGGGAAGCAAGUGCACGGAUACGCCUAUAGACAUGGCUUCUGCUCCAACGUUUUCGUUGGGAAUGCCCUUCUUGACAUGUAUGGGAAGUGUGGGAACUUGACUGGCGCGAGGAAUUGUUUCUACACGAUGAGCCACUCGAGAGACGAGGUCUCUUGGAACGUGCUGUUGACAAGCUUUGCGCGUCGUGGGAUGAGCGAGCAGGCAAUGCUGGUGUUCUCGGAGAUGCUAGGCGAGGCCCGGCCGAGCAAGUUCACGUUUGGGACAAUGCUGGCCGCGUGCGCAAACAUAUUCGCGCUCGACACGGGAAAGCAGAUUCACGCCUUCAUGAUCCGGCACGGCUACGUCUUAGACAUAGUGAUGACCGGAGCUCUGGUCGAUAUGUACUCAAAAUGCCGCAGCAUCGCCUACGCCACACGGGUGUUCGACACGGCCUCCCGCAAGGACGUGAUCCUUGUGAACUCGAUGAUUUUGGGGUGCUUGCAUAAUGGGAUGAGUGGGCGCGUGUUCGAGCUGCUGGAUGCGAUGGAGGAGGAGGGCGUUAGGCCCGACCACAACACGUUCCGGGGGGCGUUGCGGGCUUGUGUCUGCGAUGGGCGUGUGGAGUUGGGGGCGAAGCUGUUUGAAUCGAUGAGUGAGAAUUACUAUUUGUUGCCUCAUUUGGAGGAUUAUGAGAGCAUGAUUGAGUUGUACGGUGAGAAUGGGUUGAUGGAUGAGCUUGAGGCUUUUGUGAAGAAGUUGCCCUUUGAGCCUACUGCAGCAAUGCUGAUCAAAGUGUUUGAUUUUAGUCGAAAGUACAAGUGGUUGAAGCUGGGAGAGUGGGCUGCUGAUCGACUCAAUGAUUUGAAUCCUUCGGUUCCAUUCCUAUUUCAAAUUGUUGAUGAUGAAUGAUGAUAUUGAUGUGGCCGGGGGGUGAGUUGACUAGUGCAUAAUGACAAAUUCAUGAAAUGAAACUCGGAUGCUGUAAAGAAGGUCGUUGUUGACCUCGGAAGGCGGGGUGGUCCGGCGACCGUCGCCGGCUAUGGAUGGCGGAGCAAGAAUGGAAGUGAACUUAACCCUUCGGAGUUGGAGGUGACGCACCAUAGAGUCGGCGACAACUCCAAAGUCCAAAUUUAAUGUGUAGUUUUCCGGUGACCAUCACCGGAGUCAGUCGACUACCCCUAACCCAAUUGUAUCAGUUAUGACAGUCAUCAACUUCAUACAUGUUGGAAAAGUAAGAGAAAUAGAGAAAAUUAUCGAUGCA